CGUUCAACAACAAUUAAUUACAAGCAUGUUUGUCUUCUAGUGUUUUUCACAUUUAUUCUUACAAUAUAAUUGCAAUAAUGAUAUUUUUUAAAAAGACAGUGCUUUAUACAUUAGUGAUUUUUAUUUUACUGAUUAACCAAGUAAUAUGUUUUGAUUUAAUACGUCACAAAAGACAAUUACGAGGAAAUAGACCACGUGACCGUGAAGUGAACGCUACUAGCAUAAUUCUUGAAACAGAGGAACGCAUCAACAAUCGAACAAGUGGAUCUAACAUCAAUGACAAUGGUGACAAAGUGGAGGAUCAAGCACAAAUGGCUGCCACUUGUGGAGGGAUAUUCUCACAACCACAAUUUAUAAUUGAAAGUCCACGGUAUCCAAGCAACUAUCCAAGCAAUGCAAAUUGUUUGUACAUAUUCAAAGGACCGUACUGCCAAACCAAUUACACAUUACAAUUCUUGGAUUUCAACUUAGAGAAUUCAUUGGGUUGUGUUAAUGAUCGCUUAGAAGUGAAAAUUCGUGAUGCCCUAUGUGGAAUUAAAGACGGUUUUAAGCAGUAUGCUACAUCUUCUGGUACUUUAGAACUAAAUUUUAUAAGUAAUGGUGAUACCACUGCAAGAGGAUUCCGGAUAUUAGUAUCUCGCUCUUUAUGUUUGACGAAUAAUCCACCUGUGGUGUCAAGAGACCCCAAUGAAAACCAACCUACUACAACAAAUGUUCCAAAUGUCUUUGCACCUCCAGUAAGACCUGAUACAUUCAGACCAACGCAAUUUCCGGUUUAUGUACCUACACGGCAACCACAAACGCCUGUCAGGCCAUAUUUACCGCCGACUUCUAAGGCCCCUCCAAGUGAGCUAUACCCUAACGCGAAGGAACCAUCUUGUUGUGCAGCCACCUACAGUGCUAAACGUUUCUUCAUUUCAAGUCCAGGUUUUCCUCAUAGCCCCAACUCACCUGCUCAAUGUAGUUUUACUAUCUACAGAGCAAGUCAAAAGGUGUGUCGUUUAAGAAUACAAAUGCAUUAUUUUUGGGUUGGUGAACAAGAUUCAUCAUGCACUAGAGGUUAUCUCCAAAUUGAUGGUAAACUAAUUUGUGGAUGCCACACUGGUUUAAAACUAGUAUCACCAUUUGAAGGUCACUUUGGCAAUACAAAAGUAUUCCGCUAUAUGAAUAUAGGAGCUAAUUUUGAUGGCCACGCAUUCAGUGGAUUUGCUUUGGAAGUGAUUCAAGAUGAAUGUCCGAAAAGAUACUUACCAGACUCAUCAGAAAUUUCUAAUCAUCCAGCAGAAAUACUUCCCAGAUUUAAUUUUUAUCAAGAUCAAUUUAAUCGAGUUGGUUUUCCAAAUUUAACGCAUGAAGCGUUAUCAUCGGCGUUGUUGAAUGGAAACACUGAAGUUUUCGAGCCGAUUGAUUUAGGUUUUCGACCACGCGUGGUCAAACAUGUCUACUACUUUGACAGCCCGGAUUACACCUACGAUGUUUCUUACUCUUACAAUAAACAACCACGAGAUGUUGAAGAAACUAACUAUUUGGAAACCACUGAUUUAAAUGCUUUAUAUCCGAGUGGAUUUGAUUUAAAUAAAUGUACAUUAUGGAAUAGUAAUGAAUGGAAUCAAUUAAACAAGGAUGUCGCUUGGCAGCGUAUGCCUAAAUGCAAUGACAUCACUGUUAAUAGUAAUAGUUAUGUACCUCCUCAGACUGAAGUAAGCCGGGAAUCAGGAUGUAAAGAAUAUAGUUUUCUGAAAGGAUAUUUCCAAAGUCCUGGAUAUCCAUAUUAUUAUCCGAAGAAUAUAAACUGCUGCUACCGAUUUUAUAAACAAAGGGGUUAUUGCAAAAUCCGCUUGAUCAUGUUAGAUUUCCAAGUUGAAGAUAGCUACGACUGCCGCAAGGAUUAUUUGCUGAUGAAUAAUAAUUUUCGGUAUUGCGGGCAGAGUUUGGCGAACACAUUCACGUUGUUUGACAUGAGUGGAAAAUCAUUUGAACAAAUUAGAUUUGUGACCAAUGAUCGAAUAGGUGGACGAGGUUUCCGUGGUAUUUAUGAACAAAUACCCUGCACGAGUGCGGAAUUACCUUAUAGCACUACAGAAUCUCCAGCGCCACCACCGCCGCCGUUUACAUCAACUACCACUUUACCGCCAAACGUGCCUUGUUUGCGUAACAUUAAGGAUGACUAUUUCACCAUCGACAUUUACGAUUAUGGCAAGGAUAUGUGCAAUUUUGAUGUGUACAAAGCAAAUCCUAGCGUUUGUCGAUUGGAAAUCACGUUCGUCACGUUCGAUUUUCCCUGCGAUUUGGAAUAUUUAGAAAUCAACGGCAAACAAUACUGUGGUAAUUUAUCUGGUGAAAUGGUUUAUAUGAGGUUUGAAAAUCGUCAAGUUAUCUCAAUAAUUUAUAAACGUGUAUCAUAUAAACCCGGAGUUGGAUCAGGAUUAAAAUUACAUAUGGUCGGAAGACAAUCAAGCACAGAUUGUGUUGAAAUACCGCCAGCUGAACGUAUAUUGGAUCAACCUGUGCUAUUGAAAAGCAUACAAGAUGAUACCACUAAGAAUACGACAAUGUCAAUGCAGAUUCUUCAGAAAUUAGAUGAUGUUUCUGUUAUAUUGCGUAAGAAGUAUCCAGAAGUUUGUGGAGUUGUUUUAAGUGCUAAAGAGAAGAACAACGAAUCUUUGUGCAAUAUUAUCCUUAAUAACAAAAAUAAUUUAGAUUGUAAUUCUGUUUCAGAUAAUACUAUCUAUUUGCCAUACAAAGCUGCCGAAGAUAAAUUAGAGCUAAAAUUUAAAGAUGUUAAAACCGUCCAAGAAAUUGAGUUCAAGGAAAUCACGUGCGAUAAUAAGUUUAUCUUAUAAUCACUAUAAAGUAUUGAUCGUUAAAUAAUAAACUAUGCAUGUAUCCACUUUCCAAAGUUUUGUCGAGUUAUUUAAUUAAACUUUUAAGUUGUAUUUUAAAUUUAAUUCCUACACUUGGAAGUUAGUAUAGAAUGUCAAAAGCAAACUGUUGAAAGGAAUUUAAUCCAGAAGUGAGUAACGCAAAGGAAUUUCAUUUUGCAAUAGUCUCGUUUAUUAUUUUUUCAGUAAAUAGAUAUAGUCAUAGGCAUGUAGUAUUUAUGUUUGAACAUUAUUAUUGUAUAUUCAUUUAUUCGUAUUUAUUAAAAUGAUAUAAUGUAAAUAUACAUAAUUUGCAGAUAA